AUGGCGGCUGCAGGGUGCGCAGAGCGGGUCCGGGACCGGGAGCUUUUGGGGCGGAUGAACUUCCACGGAGCAGGCUCUUCCAAGGCUCUGUGCCUGCCAUUUAUGGUUGCUGGACAACAGGUAGGCUAUGUGCCACAGGCUGUAGCCAGUUGUCUCCAGCAGUAUCCAGCUGUUUUCUCAAUGCCUCGGGGAGAUGAGGCACCUACGUGUGUGGAGCUGAGCAUGCAGCUCGUAUCCUAUGAACCACGAACGGCUGCUGUUCAAGGGGUACUGAAGGAACUGCGGUCACAACAGGCUUUACCCUGCCUGAAAGAAUGGAGGGAAGAGGUAAUGUACGUAAUGCCCUGCUUUUGUGACACACCUCUCUUCAGCAUGGAGUGUGCUGCAACCCCAUUACUGGGAGUGAAGUGCUAUGGUGCUUCCCUGAAUGGCUAUACCUGGCGAAAUGGCCAAAUGUACAUGUGGCUGGCCCGUAGAGCUCCGAACAAACCCACGUAUCCUGGCUUAUUGGAUAACCUGGCUGCCGGUGGCAUUACAUCAGGGCUGGGUGUCAGAGAAACACUAGUGAAAGAAUGCCAAGAAGAAGCUUGCAUACCUACCUCCCUUGCCACCUUAGCCAAGGCUGCUGGGACUAUCAGCUACACCUAUGAGGAUGCUCAUGGAGGCAUUCAUGCUGAAUGCCGGUUCGUAUUCGACCUGGAGCUGCCUGAAGAUUUUGUACCCCAGGUGGGGGAUGGAGAGGUGCAGGAGUUCUACCUUUGUUCACUUGAGCAGGUGAAAGAGGCCAUUGGAUCUUCAGAUUUCAAGCCAAACCGUGCAAUGGUGGUACUGGAUUUCCUUAUCAGGCAUAGUUACAUCCAGCCUGAUGAAGAACCUCAUUAUGCAGAGCUGGUGGAAGGGCUGCACAGGGCACUUUAAACAAGCAACAAUGCUUCUUCUGCUGAUAGAAAAUUCUUCUAUGGUUUUUAUCGGUCCACCUCUCUGUAAAGUGUGGUACUUCAGCAAGAUCCUAGGAGGGACUAUUUUGAAUCAACUAGCAGCAGCUAUUUGCUUCUAGCCAGGUAUCCAAAACUAGUGUACUUCAAUAGCAUAACUAGGCAC